AUUAUUUCACCUAAAUACUCAUUCGCAUGUGUUAAGAGAGGAAGCGGGUGGGAGUGCAAGGCUUGCGAUUGGCCUGUGCACCUUAACUCAACGUUCGGGCGUCGAUCCUUGAGUUUAUUCCAUAUUCCGUAAGUUUACGAAGUCUUGCGCACGGUGGGUUAUUUGUCAUUGACUAAAGUUUUUCGUUAAAUCACUCGGUGAAACAUGGACAAAAUUAUCAUCGGCGCAUUACUCGCAUUGUUUGCAUUGUCACAAAGCAACGCCCUGGAAUGCUAUGUCUGUCAGAAUCAGGAAGGAAACAUCGAAAAAUGCCUAAACACGAUAAAAACAUGUGAACAAGAACAAGACGUUUGCUUGUCAGAAAUUAAAUGGGGCAGUACACCAUAUUGGUCCCAAGGAGCCAAAAAGCAAUAUUAUAUAUCAAAACGAUGUUCAACGAAAAAAGAAUGCGAAAGAACAAGACGGAAUAACAUGAAAGACUGCACACAUAUAUGGUACCAGGAUUGGAAGUGUUCUGAAUGUUGCCAGGGUGAUCGAUGCAACUAUUACAUUAUCUCCGAUGCAACGAAGACCAAUAUGCAUAUUUCUAUCUUAGCAUUGAUAGCAGUAUCGUAUUACUUGGUUAUGUAAGGUUAAGAAACAUCUGCCAACUGCUAGUAUGCAGUACACACUUGAGGAAUAUGUUCAUUCCUAGUGAAAAAAGCCUUCAAAAUAUUUAUUUAUCCAGUAGCAAACUACACGUAAACAUUAUAGGGCCAAAGGAUCUCACAAUGUGCAUAUUCACGUAUUUGUAGUGAAUUUUUUACUCAAUGCUGUGCAGACCUGAGCAUUGUAAAUGCAUCAAAUUAAUUGGCAUUUAUAUAUUGCAAUCAACUUCUGAAACGAUAUGAAAAUUUUUAGAUAACUUAGAGACGUUUCAAUUUUAUUAUCGAAGAGGAUAUUUUACCUUCAAUAUUUUCAUAUUUACAUUUACUUUUUGAUUUUAUGCAAUGCUGAAUUUCAACACCAAAUUUAUCUAAAGAAUAUCUACAUUUAUUUUAACUGUUGGAAUUGUCUAGCAGAAGUGAUGAAAGUAACAGUUGUAGAAUCAAAAUCGUCAUACUGUGUUACUCACAUCAGUAUGUUUUUUUUCUUAUGUGAAAUCUCAUGGAAAGAUCUAAUCUAUUCAAAACCAUUCCGUGUUUUUUACAAUGAAUGUAUUCAUUCAAUGUGUUCUAGUUAGUAUAUAGUUUGAUACAAAUAUUCGAUGUUCUAAGUCCAAAGGCAGUCUGUUAUAUUUUUAUAAUAUUUAUUAUUCAUACCCUUUUACCUUGGCAGCAGACAAGCUUUUCGGCAAAAAUGACCCAAUCUAAAUAGGCAGCUGAUUUUUAUGGUUUACUCUGUAAAUUAUACAAUUACUUCGCUAUAAGCCAUAUUUUACAGAUAAGUUUAUUUUCACAGUGAAAGUAUACUACUUAUUACCUAAUCAAUUUACGGCCGUGUCCUGUAAUCCAAAUUUAUAUUUUUAUUUGAUCUUACGCAUGAAAUGUUCAUCAUUCACUAUUGCGAAUACAAACUCUCAUCAGUUUUCCACAUGGAGAAUCUCAGACACUUAGUCUAAUAUUUUUUGGAAAUGUUUUUGUGGAUUAGAAUAGUGAACAAGGGUUGAAAUUUUAUUCAAAUAAUCUUCUAUAUAUACUUGUACAUCCUUGCUGAUAAAACUCCAAGCUAUAAGCAAAGUAAAAAUAUUCCAGAAUUUCCUGUGUAGAAUGUACUAAAUAAUAUUUGGUAAUCUUUACUUUCGCGCACAUAGUUUAUAUCGAUUUGAUUCCGCCGAUUUAUGGCAACAUGUCCAAAUUACAGUUUUUUAAACUGACAAUUUCUCAACAUACAUUUAAAAAUUUGAAAUAUGAACAACGUCUUUAUAUAUUGCAAGCUAAGUAUCUAGUAGUAAGUUUAAUUAUUAGAAAUAUACUGGAUAAAGAAACUUUUUAAGUAACGUGAUAUUCGCGUUGUUAUGACUAUGUACAAAAUAAAUUCCGUCCAUAUUAUAAAAUAAAAUUUAUACUUUUAAUAAUGGCCUUGAUGUUACGCUUAAUUUAUACCUUUCACCCUUCAGUUAAAAAUUGUCAAGUUAAGUUGAGAGGGUUCGUUAGAUCCCUCCAUACACAGAAUACGAGGAACUGACGAUUGCGCUAUAAGAAAUGAUUACACAAAGUCUAUAGAUAUUGAUUGCAUAUCAGAUUCUGAUAACAUACCACUUUCGAUUGUAAUUAAUGAGGUGCUCCAGAUACUAUUGAAAAAAACAAAGGGAUCCUUACUCAUAAUUAAUAUAUCACACUCUGAUAAUAGCUUUGAUGUAGAAGAUACAACUGACAGUGGGUACCGCCAUCAAUAUCUAUUGAACAAGCCAACCAAUUCAGUGCUAAUAUUGAAUGAUCUGAAUUUUAAAUAAUACUUGAGGUAUCAGUAAUUGAGUGACAUACAGGCAACAUUAAAAGGAAAGAUAACAGAAAAUAGUGCAAUUAGUUGCACUAUUAGUUGCAAGUUUGACAUUUUUUGGAUAACUAUACCGCCAACUGAUAUCAGAGUGGUAUUCAGCUUUCUAAUACGAAGAUUAAGGGAUUUACGGUGUUGCACGGAGACAAAAGUUACUUGUUAACAGACUUGAAAUAAAGUAACCACUUUAUCAGUAAUUGCGAGUUCGGUGUAGUUCAGUAUCUCAAAUUAUCUCUGUGGGUGCAGGAAAGGAGGUACUAAAUUAAACCUGCUACAGCAUUGUAAAAUUUCUCAGAGUUCAAUUGUGCACCUCUUGAAUAAAUCAUUUUCUAUAUUCUU